AUGGAUCUCUUAAGCAAUCUACCAGACGAGCUUCUUUGUCAUAUAUUGUCCUUCUUUACCACAAAGGAGGCUGCUUUGACUUCUGUUCUCUCAAAGAGGUGGCGACAUCUGUUUGCACUUGUCCCUAAUCUUGACAUUGAUGACUCUAUGUUUCUAUACCCUGAAGAGGGUAAGCGUGAUAGGAACGAAAUUCAACAGAGCUUCGUUGAAUUUGUCGAUAGAUUAUUGUUAUUGCAGGGUAAAUCUCCCACUAGAAAAGUCUCCCUCAAGUGUAUAAGUAUGUCUGAUCCAGACCGCCUAGAUGAUUGGAUAAGUAAUGUGUUGGCUCGUGGUGUUUCCGAACUUGAUCUGUCAAUCGAUUUGUGUAUGGAUGAAUACAUUCUCUUGUCUUCAAAACGUUUCGAGAGCAAGAAUCUAGUUAGGUUGAAAUUACACCGUAUUUGUAUUGGCCAACCGGAAAACCCUAUUGGUUGGUUGGCUGGGGGAAUAUUAUUACCAAUGCUUAAAACUGUCCUACUUGAGUCAGUUGGGUUUUAUGUUGAUGAGGUUUUUCUUAGAGCUUUGCCUGUUCUUGAGGAAUUAGUCAUGGUUGAUGUAUUCUGUUCUGGAGCGUUAAGGAUGUCAUCGUGUCAAAUGCAAGCCUCAAGACCCUAA